AUGUUAAGUAUUUUUGAUUUAAUAUACGACGAGAAGAAAGCGGAAGAUAUUAAAUCGCAUUAUCUUGACGCUUGUACUCAAUUGAGUAGUUUUGCGGUUGAGAAUGAUUCUCGUCUACUCAACAAACAGCUAGCUUUUGAUUUUAUAAAGGACAUACUUGGCCAUUCCCGUCACUUUCCCGAGCUGAAGAAACAAUUCGACAAUAUUUCUCAGUCGUUAAUAACGAAUGUUUUGAAGUUUUCGAUUGAUGAAUUAGAAGUGAAAGGUUUGGAAUGUUUGAAAGAAUGUAUGAAGUAUUUUCCUGGUGCUUGUGGAAUAAUGAAGUCCCAGAUCGAAGCUCACAUUUGGAAAAUUUUGAUGAAUUCGGAUAGUGAAAAUAAGGAAAUUGCUGCUUCUUGUUUUGCACUACUUGUUAUGUGUGGAGGAGGAGGACACAAUAAUGUUAACUAUGUUUUGAAUUGGCAGAAUCAAAUGUCCAGAUUGCUUUCGACACUUAAUUUAAUAUUGUCGCAACUUCUUGAAGAUAUAGAAGUAGAUGUACGGGUUUGUCAAACCAUUACCGACAAUUACAGUCUUCCCCAAACGGUCGAAGGAAAUUAUACAAAUUCAUUUAAAUACUCUCUGUAUUUUCAAGCAGUGGUAGCAUGUGUAGUGAAAAUGUUAAACACAGAUUAUCCAUUUCGAGUGGACGUGCCUAUCGAAGAACUGCUUUUAGUUAUUCACAAUAUUCUUAACAUUAAUCAUAAAGUGUUUAAUGCGUCGUCUACGAUGAUAUCAAUAUUGAUUUCUGUUUUACCGUCCUUAUAUUGCUCUGCACUUAUGAUGCUUAGAGGAUUAAUUAUGAGUUGUUCAAAGUUACUUCUGCCAUUCGGUGAUAACAUUUUGAAGUUCUUAAUUGGAGCCUUACAGCAUGUAACUUCUGAUGUUUGUCCAGUUAGUUUCAGUAAACCAUUUAGUAUUGUAAGAAGUUACAUUUAUGAGACAUUAAAUGUGUUUCUUCUGAAAGUAAGAGUCAGAGCAGGAUUAGAACAAAUGAUCGAUUUGCUAAUAGAACAGAUUCUAGGAGACAUCAAACCUGAACAAGUGGUGACAAAAUUGCAGCCAAAUUUUUCGCAGCCGUUGAAAUAUAAAGAUCAUAAAAGAGGAGCUUCAGUUUUUGGUUCGGAUUUAAAUAGGGCAAAUUUUAAGAGAGAUGCAACGGCAAAUUACAUAGUCUGUAAAGAAGCUUUGAGAGCCAUGCAAGCUUUGCUGUAUACUUCAGGAAGUCUACUGAAACCAAAUAUUUAUCAGGAUAUUCAUAGGAAUGUCGUUAUGCUUUUAUUAGAUGUUCAGCAGAAUCUGGAAAACAUACAAAUUCCCUAUAAUAAUUCCGGCUGUCGGUAUGCACUGUAUAGUCUACUACUUGCUUGUUUAUUAAAUUCUCCACUAGAGCAGACUUUACCGGUUCAGACUGCAGUCUGCUUAUUCAGCACAGGACAGAAGGAUGAUUGUAUCAAAAUUGCUGAACUAUGCACAAUGGCUUUAACAGUAUGUAAUGGCAUUAUGCAUCCUCAAGUGACAGUUAUUAGGAAAGAGUCUAUGUCGAUCGUGGACGAUCAUAGUCGUAAAGAAGAUAAUUUAUGUAAUCCAAACGAAGUUCCUGUAUAUAUUCCUAUUAUUGAUAAAAGUGAUUUAGAAUUUAAUGUAAGUCCCACAAAAAGUUUGGUGCAUAGUGAAGUAAACAUAUAUGAUGAACAACAAAUGGAAGAUAUUAAUAAGGAUUGCGAGAGUGAAGUCUACAAAAAGGAAGAAAUGGAGAAAAACGUUUAUGAGGAACAUGAAAAUGAUAUUUAUGAGACAGAUAAGAAGUUUUGUGUGGAACAAAAGGAAAUUUGUGAAGAAGUGAACCAAGUUAUUGAUGAGCAAAAACAAAUUUGUACAGAACAAGGUAAUGUUUCUGAUGAAUGGAAGGAAGAUUGUGAGAAACAGAAAAAUUUUUGUGAUGAAAAGGAAGACGAGGAUUGUGAGGAACAAAACACAGAACAGAAGAUAUAUGUUUUUGAAAAACAAAAGAAUGAAGUUUGUAGAAGAGAUUCCAAUACUGAUGUUGAAAAUGCAUCAUUUUUAAUAGAUAAUGAAAGCCAAACUUCAAAAGAAUCACUAUUAAAGGACAAUAAUAAAGAAAAGCAAACUUCAGAAAAUUCUCCAAGUAGUUACAAAGCAGACAAAGAUAAUGAAAUAUUAAAAUCUCAAAAGAGUGAUUCUAUAACUAUAGAAAAUUAUAAAAAUAAUAAAAUUACUGAUGAAAAUGUGUCAAAUAAGUUACUUAUGGAAAAUCACAAUGCAGAAAAUUCUCCAGAGAAAACUUCAGAAAAUCAACGGAAACGAUGUUUUUUGGAAACUGAAGAUAACUUAGACAAUAAAAAGGCAAGGAAAGUAACAAAGGAUGAUGAGGUGUCUGAAGAAGAACUGGGUGUCGAUGAAAUGCUGUUGCAGUUUGUUCUCUGUUCUCCCGAAAAAGAAAUGUCUCCCUAAUUCUGGUUCUUUUCUAUAAAUUACAAAUAACUAUAAUGUAAUUCUCUAUAUUUUCAUAAAAUUAUGUUACAAAACUAUUGUGUACAGCUGGUUAAAAUUGAUUGUUAGAAAAGUUAAAAAUAUGACCAUAAUAAAUACAGUUAAAUUGAGAAUGUGGUUUUAUUUUGAUAAAGAAGAUUCUACAUUUAAACUCUGGUUAUAUCUAGCAAACAUUUACUUAAGUAAACAUUUGUAAUGUUAUACACAAUACAGAGAAUAUAUCUUGACAAAUUGGUUGAAUUAUGUAAUUAUUUAAAGCAAAUAUACCAAGUACCAAAAAUAUAUGACACGAUUAGUGUAUUGCAUAUAUGAUAAUGCAAAUUAUCAUAUCUAUAUCAAAAUAUGUGUGAAAAUAUUAUGAGAGAAAAAAACAAAGGUAUUUUCACUCCAAAGUACAGCAUCAUGGGAAGAAAAUGAGCAGUAUGAAGUGAGAAAAGG